AUGAUAAAAGCCGCCAUUAACCGGGUCAAGAAUCGGUUUUUGACACCUGUGAGCAAGCCUAGCGCCGAGAAAUUCAAUGUUGUCACUGAGGGCAAAGGCCACAUCUUGUUUCCCGAGAAAGAAACCGUUUUCUACAACCCUAUCCAGCAGUUCAACAGAGACCUAAGUGUUACCUGUAUCAAGGCAUGGGACAACUUGUAUGGCCAGCCAAAGCAAGAGCAGAUCAGAGCACGCAAACAGAGCAAAAAACGUGGACCCGAGGGCCGAACGCAUGAAAAUGCCAAAAAACGGAAAUUGAGUGAUGGACGCGAGGAAAUCACAGAUCAACAACAGUUGAAACAUCAAAGAAGACCUUACAUUCGUAUUUUGGAGGCACUUUCCGCCACGGGACUUCGGGCAAUUAGAUACGCACAUGAAAUUCCACAUGUGAAGGAAAUUAUCGCCAACGAUCUGUUGCCCGCCGCAGUAGAGGCAAUCCAAAGAAACGUAGACGAUAAUGAAGUGGGACAUAUCGUGAAGCCAAACAUCGACGACGCCAACGUGUUGAUGUACCGCAACAAGGCUGAGCGGAAACGGUACCACAUCAUCGACCUGGACCCCUACGGUACUGUGACGCCGUUUGUGGAUGCCGCUCUGCAAAAUAUCGAAGAUGACGGGUUGAUGCUAGUGACAUGCACCGAUUUGUCGGUACUAGCAGGUAACGGAUAUCCUGAAAAAUGUUUUGCGCUGUACGGCGGUGUGAACAUGGCAGGUCACGAUGCAACCCACGAAAGCGCACUGCGAUUGGUAUUGAACUUACUGGGCCAAAGUGCUGCCAAAUACCGUAAGAGUAUAGAGCCCGUGCUUUCGCUGAGCAUUGAUUUUUACGUUCGAGUUUUCGUGAAAGUGAGAACCAAUCCGCUUGAAGUCAAGAACCUUCAGAGCAACACCAUGAUCACUUACAUGUGUAGUGGAUGCGGUGCGUACCACAACCAACGGAUGGGUCGUCAAAGCGAACGGAGCACCAAGAAGGGCAACACGUUUGUAAAAUACUCGCUUGCGCAAGGUCCGCCUGUGGAUCAAAAAUGCCCGUACUGCGGCGGAGCGCACCAUCUGACAGGCCCCAUGUACGCGGGCCCGCUGCACAACAAAGAGUUUAUUGAGGAAGUGUUGCGGAUCAAUCGCGAAGAACACACUGACGAAGUUUACAAGACCCGCAAACGGAUUGAGGGGAUGCUGACGCUGGCGCAGAACGAGCUGGCAACGCCGUUUUACUUCACUCCGAACCGGGUUUCUUCGAUUUUGAAGUUCCAGGUACCGAGUUUGAAGACCGUAGUCGCAGGGUUGGGGUCUCUAGGGUUUUCGACCUCGUUGACACACGCGCAGCCGUCGUCUUUGAAGACCGAUGCGCCCUGGGACGCUAUUUGGUACGUUAUGAAGCGCUAUUGCGAGGAUAACCAAUUGUGCAAACUUGACAAGAUGAAUACGAAUUCGUUUGGGUACAAGAUUUUGACCAACGAUGCUAUUGGACGUGGUAGCCAGGGCAAGAGCCAGGGCAAGAGCCAGGGCAGCGAGUACGGUGAGAAACUAAGUUUUUCGCCCAACGAGCAAAGUGGUCAAAUUGAAGCUCUUCGCAAGCUCAAGAUCGUGCGGUUCCAGGAGAAUCCGGAGCGCAAUUGGGGGCCCAAGGCCCGUCCUACGUGA